GAGAAGAAGAAUCGCGGAAGAGGAGAAAGCUUUCUGUGACGGCUCAGCAGCAAAGCUAACAAGCUAACCAGCUAGCAGAGAUAAUAUCUGACCUCCCGUUUACCGAGCAGACAGACAUCCAGACUGAAGCUUCAAGAUGACAGCAGCACCUUACAACUACUCCUACAUCUUUAAAUAUAUCAUCAUAGGUGAUAUGGGAGUAGGGAAGUCUUGUCUGCUGCACCAGUUCACAGAGAAGAAAUUCAUGGCCGACUGUCCUCACACCAUCGGGGUGGAGUUCGGUACGAGGAUCAUGGAGGUCCACGGUCAGAAGGUGAAGCUGCAGAUCUGGGACACGGCCGGUCAGGAACGGUUCAGGGCCGUCACCCGGUCCUACUACAGGGGGGCCGCCGGGGCCCUCAUGGUCUAUGACAUCACCAGGAGAAGUACUUACAACCACCUGAGCAGCUGGUUGACGGACGCCAGAAACCUGACCAAUCCAAACACAGUGAUCAUCCUGAUCGGUAACAAGGCCGACCUGGAGGCUCAGAGAGACGUGACGUACGAGGAGGCCAAACAGUUUGCUGAGGAGAACGGUUUGCUGUUUCUAGAGGCCAGCGCUAAAACAGGGGAGAAUGUGGAGGAGGCCUUCCUUGAGGCAGCAAAGAGGAUUUACCAGAACAUCCAGGACGGCAGUCUGGACCUGAAUGCUGCCGAGUCAGGAGUCCAGCACAAGCCAUCGGCGCCGCAGGGAGGCCGCCUCAACGCCGACAGCCAGCCGGCCAAAGAAGGCUGCAGCUGCUAACCACAGACAGAAACUACAGACCCGACAGACAGACGGACGGACAGAGACACAGACAGAUUCACACAGAACCCCUCUCCGCCUGGCACUAAUAUGCUUCUUCUAUCCAGAGUGUGUCCAACAGGAUUUAGCAGGAUUACAUCGAUUUAAUGCAGUGAUCCAGUCCAACCACCUGUGGUCAAAUCCAGACCUCAGACACCCACAGACCCAUCUAGAAACCUUCAACUAUCCAAACAUCUGUGGUCUCAUUCCAGCUCACUCACUAGUCCACUAUCCAGACCACCAUCAGCCUAUAUCCCCGCCCACUUGGCCCAAACGUCGGCCAAUCCAGACCAUUCGAAACAGCAACAGGACAGCUGUCAUCCCACCAAGACUUGACUACUCUGGACCACCGUUGGCCCGGCUCAAGCAAUAAUUAUAUAAGUUUGGGACUACACCCACAUGUCCCCAGAGACAAAUUAAGGUAGUCCAAUUUGGACCAGCCUACAGCCCAAAUCUGGACUUCACCAAAUUCAGUUCACCCCAGUUCCAAAUCUAGCAAUGGACAGUACCAGAACCCAACCAUGAACACCUUUAGCCCGCAUUCCUGGCCCAAACCUAGGCCAAU